UCCUGACUGGUCUCUGCUCUGUUUGUAGGAAUUGGUUUCACCUGUCAUGUAUCGUGUCUGUGCUCACAGCCCACGUGUCCCUCUCCUGUUUCUUAGAAAGAAUUCCUCCCAUGCCACUUUGCUGCCUGCGCGGUGCUGCUGAUGACGGGGUCAUUCUCUGAGCUUCAGUGUACUGUAACUGGAAUAUCAGUUUUACAGUCAUCUGUAUAAGGGCGCCAGGAUGGAAACACCAUGCUGAAACUUUACUCAUCCCAUUUGACCUGGGGACAAUCUAGGGACCUCUGGGAGCAGCUACCAUGGAUCUAACCAGGAGUUUAGUUCUCUAAACAUCCAGCUGAGCUUGGUGGGCCUGGGUAUUCUUCCCUCUACCGACUUCCACCAUCAUCUCACUGAGCCUCACAAGCUUCAGAAACCCCCACAUACCACUACAACCUCAGUCGGACCCAGCCCCACAGGGGAGCCAGCACACACUCAGAGCAACCAUGACAGACAGAGCGAGUUUCAGCACAGCCAAAGUCAACCCUUGCCCCGCCACAGCACCUGUGCUCCCGCCGGAACCCAUUGACAUCAUCCGCACCAAGGCCCGCUCCCGGCGGGUCAGGAUCAACGUUGGAGGUCUCACGCAUGAAGUCCUGUGGAGAACACUGGACCGGCUGCCCAGAACCCGUCUGGGACGGUUAAGAGACUGCAAUACUCACGACUCAUUGCUGGAGAUUUGCGAUGACUACAGCCUCACUGAGAACGAGUAUUUCUUUGACCGGCACCCGGUGGCCUUCUCCUCCAUCCUCAACUUCUACAGAACAGGGAAGCUGCACAUGAUGGAGGAGAUGUGUGCCCUGUCCUUUGGCCAGGAGCUUGACUACUGGGGCAUCGAUGAAAUCUACCUGGAGUCAUGUUGCCAGGCGCGGUACCACCAGAAGAAGGAGCAGAUGAAUGAAGAGCUGAGGAGGGAGGCGGAGACACUGAGGGAGAAGGAAGGAGAGGAGGAGGACCAGGGCUGCUGUCCCGACAAACGACAGAAGCUCUGGGAUCUACUGGAGAAGCCCAGCUCCUCUGUGGCUGCAAAGAUCCUGGCGAUGAUCUCCAUCCUGUUCAUCAUCAUCUCUACCAUCUCAUUGUCUCUCAACACCCUGCCAGAGCUGCAGGUGAUAGAUGAAUUCGGCCAUUUCAAUGACAACCCCAGCCUAGCUCAUGUGGAAGCUGUCUGCAUUGCCUGGUUCACCAUGGAGUACAUGCUGCGGCUACUUUCAGCACCAAACAAGUGGAAUUUCAUCAAAGCACCACUGAACAUCAUUGAUUUGCUGGCUAUACUGCCUUACUAUGUGACUCUCUGCUUAACUGAGUCAAACAAGAGUGUGAUGCAGUUCCAGAACGUGCGCCGUGUGGUCCAGAUCUUCCGAAUUAUGAGGAUUCUGAGGAUCCUGAAGCUGGCCAGACAUUCAACAGGACUACAGUCUUUAGGCUUUACUUUACGAAGAAGCUACAAUGAGUUGGGUCUGCUGAUCCUCUUUUUAGCCAUGGGAAUUAUGAUUUUCUCCAGCUUGGUGUUCUUCGCUGAGAAAGAUGAAGACGCUACCAAAUUCACCAGUAUCCCUGCCUCUUUCUGGUGGGCUACCAUUACUAUGACUACUGUUGGCUAUGGAGAUAUCUACCCACAAACCCUGCUCGGCAAGAUUGUUGGGGGGCUCUGCUGCAUAGCAGGUGUGUUGGUCAUUGCCCUUCCAAUCCCAAUCAUUGUCAACAACUUCUCAGAAUUCUACCGAGAGCAGAAGAGGCAGGAGAAGGCAAUCAAGAGAAGAGAAGCUCUUGAAAGGGCCAAACGGAGUGGAAGCAUUAUUUCUAUAAACUUAAAGGAUGCUUUUGCACGUAGCAUGGAACUCACAGAUGUGUUGGUGGAAAAGAGAGAGGACAGUAAGUGCCCUGUGGACAGUCACCUGUCACCCAGUCGCUGGAGCUACCACAAACACUACUCCAAUGCAGAGGUGGGGAGCCCAGGCAUGGCUCAGCAUUGUCAUUACCAGGAAGUGGCUCAGCUGGGCUCUCCUAAACAAGUCAAGCUCUCAUCUACCACACCUCAACACCUCAGCACAAGGCAGGUGGAAGAUGUUUACAACAAGACAGCAACCAUCCAGGAGCAGCAGGAAAAAGUUGAAGUGGAACAGAUGGAGAUGAAAGCAUUGACCUCCAGCCAAGCCCAGCAAACUUCAUCUGAAGUCAGCAUUGCCAGGAAAUUCUCAAAUGUGGCCGAUGGAUCAUCACUGGAAAGAGGAGAAAGAAGCUAUCUUCUCUCGAGUGCUGACAGAGGUCAAACAGGGACUAGACAUCAGCGUAUCCCCCCUCCUUUGGAUCUAAGUCAGAUCAGCAGCAUGGAGGUGAACAGGCGCUCUGACAGCAUCCAGCCAGAGACAAUCAUUAAAGAGGGUUUGUAUGAGUUUGUUUCCAGCCCCAGAGGAAGUGGGCCUGGUGAUUUGGAUUUGGUGUCAGAAAAUACUGAAAGCUUUGGGGUGACCUAUGACAGUGUCUUGAGCUCCUUGCAAGAUUAUGGCAGCCCUCAAACAAUGAGAACCCUCAAGGUUGACUUUAUUGGAUCUCAAGAUGAUGUGCUUAUGGCAGUGAUGACUCCUGUGACAACCCCAGCCUCAGGUUGCUCAGUCAAACUUCCUCAACUAAUUUCUGAUGACAUGAUUUCCAGGUUUUCUCCAUCUUCUAGCUCUGCAACACAGGAAGCUAAAUCAUUCUUGCAAUCACCAUCCCUGGACCAGCAUUCUGUCAGUCCACGCAGCUCCCAGGAGGGAGGUGAGGGCUCAGUGACCAUGAGCUUAGAAGGUGAAGGGCAGCUCACAAGCUUAAGCCACCAGGGGAGGAAUCACACAGAGAGGUCUGCUGUUGACUCAGUCAGCAGUGCUAACCCACUGCUGUCUAAAGCCAGCCCACUUAACUGCACCCAGGAUCUAGUAUCUAUGGAAGGAAGGGAGGAAGGAGAAGAGGGAGCGGAACAGAGUGGAGAGAAGCGAGAAAACCACAUUGCUCUGGACAGAAGCCUGACACCACCCUGUGAAACAGACAUGUAAGCCCCAAACCAGAGAAAGAUUCAGAGACAAGGACACCAAGUGGAAUGCCCAAAGGAAAAAAAACAGCUACUACUCAGAAUAAUUCAUAACAACACACUUGUUGACAAAGACAUGGUGGAUUAAAGUAGUAUCAGUUGUUUUUCUGGGGAGAUACACUAGUCAUUUCCCACAGGAUCCUUGGUUAGCCCUGCUGGCCAGAAACAGAUUCCUCUGUCAGAGUGGCCAUCGAGGGAAGUCAGAAGUGUACCCACUGUCAACUGCAGGACACUGUCCACUGUCAGUGUUAUUGACUCCUUCUUUGGAGAUCACAACAGUAAUAUGAUGCAGGGCAAAGCAGCAGCAGCUGACAUAUUUUUUUGGCCUCAGAUGUGAGCAUAAACAAAGCCUUGUGUGAACGGGGAUAUUUCUGACUAUUCUAAAGUGUUUUUGUGUUCAGCUCCUCAGAUGUAAUUUACAGUUUCAUAUUGCUUGCAUUUUUAUGCCUAUUGAUUUUGUUGGACUAACCCAAGGAAAGACA